AUGGCCCCCGAGCUGCCUGUUGCACUAUGGCUUCCAGAGCUCCCUGCUCCAACAUGGCACCUGAGCUCCCUGUAUGUGUACGAGUUUGCACGAAGACACAGAAACAUCCCAGCAAGCUUUGUUCUUAAUGCUACUCAGAACCAUGUGAGAAUGGCAGAGAGAUGUUGCCGCCCUGCUGUCAAAAACUCUUGUUUCCUCCAAGAGAGUCUCCAGAUACAAAGCUCCAAAAAUUUUCUGAGGUUUCUCUCCAAUGUUUGCAACAACCAAGUGAAUUUUAAAUCCUUCAAGUUUGGGUUGUCUGCAUAUUAUGGAAAUCUCCUAGGACUGUCCUUUGAAAAGGCAUCAGCCAUAUCUGCUCGUUUUCAGUCCGGGCUGGAAAAAUGCUGUUUACAGCCCCAACCUGAACGUAUAAUUCAAGAGCUAACAAGCUUUCAGAAAGUUCUCUGCAGUGAAUCCAAACUGGAUGCCAUGUCUGAGGAUUUCCGGAAGUGCUGCAUUAAACCUGCCCUGGAUACUCUUCCCUGCGUGGAUGACUUGAAAAGGCAACCUCGUCAGUCUGCAGACGUAGCUAAUCCUGUUUCAUCUAAGAUCUGUGAGGAAGCUCAACCACAUGGGAUUGUUAGGUGCUAA